UCAUGUAGAGCCAGUGUCCUCUCGUGUACUCGCCUCGAGUAGCCAGUAAAACCAGAGGAACUGCUCGGUGUCUCGCUUGGUGCGCCAUUCCCCUCUACAGACCGGAUACGUGCGCUUAUUCUGCUCUUCAGUUCAGUUCCCCACAAGGCGAACCCUGUGGAGUUCCUCCAUCACCCUUGGCAUCCAGACGUGGCGGAGCGUCCGGCAUCAGGCCUAACACUUCAAACCCGUCACCUCUGCCCCAUCACACCCGGAGAAACCCAGCACGGCAAGUGCUGCCAUGGAAACGCCGCCAAAGAAGCCCGUUGGCACGGAGACCAAGCGAAGGGUUGGUCGGCCCUGUAAAGUUCGGAAGGUCGAGGAGCUGCCGCAGGAAGAGGAAGUGGAGAGUGAGGUGUCAUCAGUCACCGAAACCAAAGAGCUGACUCUACAGCAGGCUUUGCACCAGUCUGUAUUUAUGCCGUGUUCCAGCCCAUCUCCCAGCAUGCCUCACUGCUGGGAUCAGCACAGCAAGCUCCUUCCAACAGUGGCAGGCAUCACGGCCAGUAAAGUGGCAGCGUGGAGCGUGGAUGAGGUGAUCGAGUUUAUCCAGGGACUUCCAGGCUGCAAGGAGCAAGUGCGCACCUUCAGAGAGGAGCAAAUUGAUGGCGAGGCCUUCCUCUUAUUGACUCAGGUGGACCUGGUGAAGAUCCUCAGCAUUAAACUAGGGCCGGCUCUCAAAAUAUACAACUCUAUACUAAUGUUUAAGACCACAGAAAACUCUGCCUGCAACGAACUCUGACCAGACAGACCGACAGCCAAGAGAGUUCAGAACUGCUUCAGUCAAAGGGCUCAUCAUGAAGAUUCAUACAGUACACACCACACUAUUAUGCAUGACCAACACGAUGUAGAUAAUGUCCGAAUGAGCAGGUUAAACACAUAUAAUGACAUUCAGAAUUCAUUCAGACAGACAGCACAAGAACGUCUCUGCGCUGUCAGUAAUAAUCAUAUUUGUACGCACUUAUUAACUCACAAGAUGAUUUCAUGUAGUCCCCUUUCAUCAUAGUGUCGGGGAGAAUGUAUAUUUUACUGAGGAGUUAUGGGAGCUAAAUUCAGGUGCUAAACGAAUGCAGUUACAUGCACUGAAGAGCCGCACAAUGUCUGCUUUUGAUUCUCGUUGUUUCCGUUACAACUCCUUUAAUUCAUAGCUGUAGAUAAUUUAAGUGUUUGGAAAGGUUUCUGGAUGGAGGACUAGCAGAAUGGGGUUGAAUAUCCGAGCAUUAGAUAAACACACGGAUCCUCUUUGAUUGUUUGUUUCCAGUGUGCUGUGAUGCCAUAUUAAUGCAUCAUGCCACAGUCCUUCAUUACGGUUACAGUCAUGGAUUUUAUGAGUGGAGACUAAAGUAGUAGGGUAGUGCUCUUUCUUUAUUUGUUUUGAUACAAUGGAUGUAGAAAUGGAGAACGGAGAGUAAAACUACACUCAAGGCACAAAUAAUAAUUGUGAGAGCCAUAUUGGUAUUUUGUAAUAGAAUGUAACUUAAUAUUCAGAAUGCCUUCGUGUGCACAGUGUAAGAAGAAAAGUGUCAUUUUUCAUUAAUAUACAAACGUGAGUAUUCAUUUUAUUUCUGUUGCUGAGGUAUGCAGCAUUAAAAAUACAUGAAAUUUCCCAUCUAUUUAUUUAAGUUUAAUACGUUGACUAUUUAAAAAACAAUGUGCUGAACACGUCAUUGUGGACAUGUAUGUUAACAAACCUAAACAGUUUGUGUUGAAAUGCUGUUUUUACUCACUUUUUAAAAUGAGUAAACUCACUGCACUCGGCUGGAUGAUUUCCCAUAUUCAAAACUCAUUUAUCAUGUCAAUUUUCUUCAUGCCACUAGAGCAUAUAAUGAACUGUUAGUUUGGGGAUUUCAAAUUUAAAUAUAAAAUGUGUAAAUAAGCAAUGGUUUAGAGUGGAAGUGCAGAAACCAGUGGAUGGACUACUAAACUUCACUGU